AUGCAGCUGCCACCACCUUUUGCUGUGCAGAUCCAGAUCAGGACUGCCUCUGAUCCCCAGAGUGCUCAGUUCCCUGCUUUAGGUGCGCUGUGGUAUGCACCGACACGCUGUGCAGCUGUGCAGGCGUCCACAGAGCAAAGCAUCCUUCCUCCCUGCCAUCACCACGAAGYGGUGCACGACUCCCAGCUGCUUCCCUGCACGUGCCCGCUCUUCUCCUGCCCAUGGGAAGGGCACCUGGAAGUGGUGGUGUCCCACCUGAGGCAGACCCACCGCAUCAACAUCCUUCAGGGCGCAGAGAUUGUCUUCCUGGCCACGGACAUGCACCUGCCYGCGCCCACGGACUGGAUCAUCAUGCACUCUUGCCUCGGCCACCAGUUUUUGCUGGUCCUCAGGAAGCAGGAGAAAUACGAGGGCCACCCGCAGUUCUUUGCCACGAUGAUGCUGAUCGGCACGCCCACCCAAGCCGACAACUUCACCUACCGGCUGGAGCUCAACAGGAACCAGAGGCGCCUCAAGUGGGAGGCGACCCCCAGGUCGAUCCUGGAGUGCRUUGACUCUGUCAUUUCGGACGGGGAUUGCCUUGUGCUGAACACUUCCCUGGCUCAACUGUUUUCCGACAACGGGAGCCUAGCRAUAGGCAUUGCAAUAACCACCAGCAAAGUUCACAGCUCCGAAGCUGAAAUGUGAGGAGGAGGAGGAAGAGRAGGAGAAACAACAGCAACAACAAUGGUGCUCUAACUGCCUUGUGAGAACCAGAACUCACRGACUUUUUGGGGGGGUCUCAGGUCUUUUAUGGUAUUUAGUAYUCGUCCACAGUGGGCAUUAUGUAAACAUGCCGUGAUUACGGUCCCUGUGUCAUGUAUUUACCCUUUUGCUAAUACAAUUUUAUGAGAAAUUUUAA